GACUGAUAAACAGUGGACACAUCCACAUACACCAUUAAAUCGUUAGGCUUGUACAUACUUAAUUUAUCAGGAUGGCUUUCCAAUCUGUUGGCAUCAUUGUUGCAGUUGCGGCGGCCGUAUUAAUGUUUGACGUGUCAGAAGGAUGCAACUCCCAUCUCGAUUGCCAAGCCAAUGAAUGCUGUGUCACCAAUAACCAGCUAAUUGGAAAACGAAUGCUUCUUAUCGUGCAGGGUCAUUGUCAGCCAUUAGGCAAAGAAGGGUCACACUGCCUAACCCGUUACGGAAGUGUCAGCUCGCCUCCUACUGGAGUGGUGCACUCAUGCCCAUGUGGAGCACAUCUCACGUGCAAAGGAAGUGGGCUGAUAGAGGUGCCCUUCGGAGAAACAGGCAUUUGCACUCAUCAACACUAGAAGAAACUGCCAAACUAGAUGGAUGCAGCAUUUAUUAAUAUAUAUUCUAAAAUAAUAAAAUCUAUAC